UCUACACAAAGGAAGAAUUAAUGAAUUUGGAAAAAGCUAAGCCUGAAGGCGAUGAAGACUAUACAAAUACAAUAUCUAGGUUGCGGAAUGAAUUUGUAGUCAACCAUGAAAAUUACAUGUCAUAUUUAGUUAGAAUGAAGAUACUGGGAAAAAUUGGAUUCCAUUUAGAUUAUCAUAAACAUAUGUAUAAGACAAGGCGAGACUAUGCACCAGAUCCAAAUAUUUCAGAUAGUUAUACUUCUAAUAUUGAAUUGAACAGUCAUUCAAGUAAACUGCAAAGAGUUGUGCUACCAAUAGGCAAGCGUACCAUUGAUAUGGAUAUCCACGUAACCAAAGAUGAAGAAAAUUAUACUAAAUUAAUGCCAUUUAACCCAAAGGAUAUAUAA